GAUUGUUUGUUAAGUGGUUACAAGCAACACGUCAACUUAAGUCUUUUUGGUCUCAAAUCCAUUCAGCCAAUCGCCUCGCAACUUCCUCCGCAAAUCACUAAAAUAAAUAUUUUUCUCCCAGUCGCAGUUUCGACUUUCACAUAACAGCAAGUAGGACUUCGACAGUGCUCUUACACUCGUAUACCUAAUUCCUCCAACGAGGUGAUCCAUCCUACCGACUCCUCGCUUGAAGAUUCCUACGGUGAAUCUACUAGGAUCCUGUUCCUUCCACCUCGUGCGCACAAAGAUGGGGGUCAAACAGAAGAAUAAUAAAAAUGGUCCUUCCGUCCCAGCACCGGAAGUACUUGGACUGGUUGGAUCCUUCUUGACGGAGUAUGGAUUGGAAAAUACGAACAAAGCCUUCUCUAAAGAAUUGAAGCGCCUACAGAAGACCGCGGAGUGGCCUGCUCCACAGAAUGCGGAGAAUGUGGACAACCUUCAAACACUGUUCGAGGAAUGGGUGAAAGCCAAGUCAGGAAAGGACAGCGAGCAGUCAAGUGAUUCCGACAACGACCAGUCCACCUCCGAGUCAGAAGCGAGCAGUGAGGAUGAAGCCACAAGCGCAAGCAGGUCGGCCAGUGACGAGGAUAACUCCAGUGAAGAGUCUUCGGCAUCUGAGGACGAGACUGAGAAAAAGACAUCCAAGGUCCAAAAGACAAAGGCGCAAAAGCGAGCUGCCUCUCCGUCAUCUUCGUCUUCUUCUGAUAGUGACGCGGAUGAUGAAGACGAUGACGAAGAGAGCGAAGAGGAGAAGCCCGUCGCAGUCACAAAGAAACAAAAGCCGGCUGCCGUCCAGAACACCCUCAAACGAAAAGCCGAGUCGAGCUCAUCAGAUUCGUCGUCUGCGUCGGAUUCAGACUCGUCAGCCGACGACAGACCUGCAAAACGAGCCAAGCAGUGUGCCGCAGAAGACGAAUCCUCCUCAAAUGAUUCGGAUGACACCUCAUCAUCUUCUGAGGAAGAGGAAGUCGAAGUCGAACAGCCAGCCAGUGCAUCCGACGCGAAGGCUUCGUCGGAUUCAUCAGGAACUGUGAUGCCUGAAGAAGACUCACCAGACACCGAAGAGCCAUCAGAGCAGAUCACCGCGACACAGACGCCUGUAAUCAAGAAGAAGCAUACGGGAGCCCGACCAACACCACUGGCACAGCUGUCCGCUCAAGCUAGUGCAGACAGCCACAUCAGCAAUGCAUAUCGAAGCUACGAGUACGCCGAACGUGCAUACAACGACCUUUCGGUGACUCGAGGCAAAGGCUUUACCAAGGAGAAGAACAAGAAGAAGCGUGGCAGAACUGCGACAUGAUCUUCGGCUUACAGUCAAGACAAGACGUCGACAUAGACAAACGAUAGGUGGAGUUUGGUAGAUCUAGCAUAAGUUGCAUAACGGAGUUCCGUCACUGCCCUGGACGGAUGAUCGCCAACGCAGAAUCAGAAUCAGCCGAGGUAUCAAGGUAUGAAACUUGAAUACGAGGUAUGAGAUCAGGCAGUCACUAUCCUUGAAUCUCUUGAUAACCAAUCGACGUGUUGUCUGUCCAGUCGUAAAUGUUUUGCGGCUGCCUGAAGCUUGAAUAUGCGGAUGGUUGUUCUCCGUACGUCGUACGUAAUUCGUUUUUCGUAAGUGGUCAGAUGACAAGAUUGAUAGACACGUUAUGAUCAGGACGCCACCCACUCGGGAACAGAAGAUCGUGGAAUUUGG